AAUAGGUUGAGUUCUCCCGACGUUCCAAAGGGGCUACCAUUUCUUAGCUUCCAAAAGCGUGCAGCAAUUCAACAUUCACGCAAAAAAUACUCAGAACAGACAUAUUGUUCGCAAAGAAAACUUUUUUAAAUGUAAUCAAGGUGACCAGAUGAAGGAAAACUGUGGGAACAAAAUCUUGCACCGGUUGCUUGGAAACCCUUUCGAUUUGGGUGCAGUUUUAUUAUUUUCCUGCGCUAGAGCAGAACCUACUCGAAAUCCUAGCAAUGACAUCGUAUCCGUGUGCAGUUUUCCCCGAAGAAAUUGAUCCGUUUGUGGAGAGCAUUCGUCCAUACGAGGUAGCAGAGAUUGGAAAUAAAGGCUGGAUAGAACAGCAUGAAGUACUGCAAAAGCUCUGCCAGCAGGCUUUCAUCGAAGCAUCCACUAAGCAGGAAGAAAUCGUCAAGGAACGGCUAAUGCUGGAAGGCAAAGUUCCGCUUCUCAUACACGAGCUGUUCAGCGUACAGGUGUGGCGCACGGAAGUGUUGCCACGCUUGCUAGCGCUCAAGAACCCCGAUGCCACCUUCGUACUGUACAGCGUAAUUUACCACGAAGCCAACAUCUGCUCGCUGCUGGAAACGAUCCUUUACCAUCGCACCAGCUGCGAGGCUCUCGAUAGCGCCGCACUCGAUCUGAUUGAUUAUUGUGCCCAAGCAAUCAGCCGACUGAUUGGGUUGCUGGCGAACGGAUACAAUGAUCGUGAGGAUGAUCCACCACCGGAAGAACUGUUGAAUGAAUCCACCUCAGAGGAAAUUGUACGAAUGGGCCGCGGAAUGGAUUACCGCAUUGGGGUUAAAUGUCUCGGGAUAGUGUCCUACCUCGUCGAGGGUUUGGACCUGCUGCCGCUCAGUGCGGCUACCCGGCUUGUGCGUGUCCACGACUUCCCAUGCCUAAUCGCAGAAAUUCUUCACUCGAAACCUUGGCUGCGCCGUAAUCGCGAAGGUGUGUUUGAAAAAUACCGAAACGCCAGCUGGUUCCCGGCAUACGGCGAUGCAGUGCUGAAGGUGACCGAAACCGAAGCUCAAACAUGGUUCUGUCUGUAUCGAUUGCUUUUUCACGCGGAUCUUAUGAGAGACUACGUAAUCAACGGUUACCGGCACCGGGAAAUUGGAAAAUGCGUUGGACUACUGAACGAGCAGCUGCUUGAUCAGCUGCCGGCGUUAAUUCCAUUGAAACAACAUCUUUGCACUUUGCAGCUCACGAAAGAGACCGUCUCGUCGCCAUCAGCAGCUUCCUCGCUACUGCUAGAGGAACUGCCAGAAAUACGAGAACAACUGCUACAAACGGCACGUCGAACCGGUUGGCAACGGAUUGUGGAACAGCAGCGCAAAAUAUUCAUUGAUCUCGAAGAUCUCGAUGUAGUGGAGAUGGCAAAGCGUAUUGGGGCCGCGUACAAUACCGAUCUACUGGAAAAGUACACCGAACAGGAGGAACAGUAUCGGAAACAGAGCGAAGCCGGAAGCCGGACCGAGGCGAAGGUGUGUGGCAGCUGUGGAGCAUCCGCGGCCAAGAAAUGCUCCAACUGUUUGCUCGUCUUUUACUGCUCACGUGACUGUCAACUGCAACACUGGCCCGAGCACAAAGAACUUUGCCGCCAGCUGAAAUAAAGUAGCCGUAAGGUUCUCGGGAACUUACACAGAGAGGAACAU